CCACAGCCAACUCGCGUUAUGACCUUGUCGGCCGAAAAAAUGAAAGGGAAACAGACUAUGUUAUCUUACUGUAGGUAGGCUUUCUUCUCGACGGAGCUCAUCUGUGAUCGUCGCUCCAAUAUCCGAAGCGUCUUUCGACUUGUCCGUGCGCUUCAUUCUGGUGAUGCUCAGCGCCGGCCAACGUGGGCUGCGGCAGUCGCCGGAUGAUAUGUCGUCUUUCGAGAACACGCUCGUUGGUUACGGGCGUAGCCAUCUUCUGCUCAUCGCCUCAGCCCUGUCCUCCGUAACAAUUCGCAGAGCAGCUCAUCACUUCUCCCAACCAGUGCAAAUGUCACUCUUAGUCAUCGGUUUCUGAUUUUGCUUCCAAUCCACUGACGACUGCAGCUGAUCGGCGCAACGUGAUCUCCACAACCAUCCUACGCUCCCUCUCUCGUCCCCUCGCUCUCUUCCACUCGCCGCCCCACCGUCUAUGACUCUCGGAUGAGUGCCCUCCACGCUCCCAAGGCACCUUCCGAUCACCUUCGCCGCGAAUCCGCUCGUGUCCUAUCGCGUCUCGCCCUCAUCAUCGAGUUCCGGCCCUGGCUCGAGCACGUCCGAUCAUGCAAGCCACGAUCGAGCGGUUCGCACUCCGACUUCUUCCUUCUCUGGGAAAUCUUUGCGCUAGGCGCACCGCUCUCGACUCUGCUCAAUCUGCUCAGCUCGCCGCCGUUCGGUGCCCGUGACCAGGAGUUGACAAGCAUUGAUUGGGAGAAGCCGGAGCUCGGGCUGGGCCUGCCCCACAGGGAGAAGUGGUUCAGCCACUUUAUACAACGAGUGCAGCUGCUGGAGCUUCAAGGUGUAAUAGCGCUCGGCGAAGUCUUGCGGGUCCAAGAUCUCUUCGCUGGAACGAACUCGGGCUUUGCUAAAGCGAUGGAGCGUAUUCUCAAUGCUUUGCAAGAAUCUUUUCCUGGUGUCUUUCUCCUCCCGAAGGAUGCUUCCGUCCGCCGAUCACAGUACCUGAGAGAAUUGGUCGAUUCAGAGCGGCAGCACAUCACGACUUUGCGCAUGACGGGCGACUCCGUGGAAUUACUUUCGGGUGGAAGGUCCCCCCUUGACCCAUGCCUCGAAUGCCUUGCUGUCAAUCGUGUCGUGCUCCGCCAAUAUCAUGAUCACAUUCUGCAAGGGCUGGAGGCAGCACAGCAAAUGCCGCUUGCAGAGGAUUGGAGUGGGAUCUUUGCAGUUGAUAAUAUCGCCAGUCAAAAUGCUGUUGGCGCAUACCGUGCCAUCUGCGCUAAUUAUCUCGGUCUCGAGUCAGCAUUGGAAUGCUUCAUCGACGGAUCUGAAGUCGCUAGUCACGCAUUGAUUCUGCUCAGCAACGUGUCCCUUCUCUUAAUACGAACCUCUGCUUAUUUAUCAUUCCUGGAGGUAAAACAUGCCAAGCCCUCUGCAAGCGUGUCUGACUACUACCUCCAGAAUAUACUCUCCGUGACAUCUCCCGCAGAAAGCUCGACUUAUAGCAAUCUGUGCGAUACACUCUUCCAUUUCAAUGAAGUCUCGAACAAUCUCGACGAGAUGGGCAACCUCCUCCGCACGAUGAAAGCUGCAGGCAUCUUCCAAGGUCGGGCCUUCAGCUGGCGCUCCGAUGUCGAUCCAAAUGAGCUGGGGCCCCUUCUGCUGGACGACUUGGUCGACCUGCAAGCGCCCACCUCUCGCCGAUCGUUGUUCUUGUUCGAGAUGGCUUUACUCUGCUGCACAGAGGAAGUGGAUGGAGAGUCUACGCACUUGGAGCAACAGGAGAACGUACGGUAUCCAAUCUUGGCUUGGGAGCUUGGGCCCGCGCUCCGCAAGAGCACCCCUCUCAAUCUCGUUUGCGUGAUUCCCACUGCUCGGAUGAGGCGACUGCGGCUCUGCGAUUCUGACUCAAUCGAACUGGACUGGCUCGAUGAGAACAAUCGACUUGAGACCAUCGAGCUCUUCACAUCCUGUACAGAACAGUACGACCAGUGGUGUGCGACUCUGGAGCACUUCGUCCCGUCAAUCUAUCAAGGAUCGUCAGGCACCAUAGAGGAGAACAGCAACGUUCCAUCGGACGAUGAAGAAGCAGGGGGCCGCCGACGGUCCCAUGCUAGGUCGUGGAGCCUGGUCGGCCGGAAAGGCCCGCGGUCUGAAUCAUCUUCCCUGUUGCGGCAAGAGGGCUGUCUCAGCGACCAAGAGUCUCUUCUCAGCCCCCAAUUGCUGCCGCGAUUCUUCGGCGGAGGUUCACAGGAAGUCAGUCCUCUGGCGAUCAACACGACCUUCCCCCGAAUCCAUCUCGGCACCAAUGAACUGGUGGGCUUCGAUGUUCCGCCUACGCCUCCACCCGAGUCCGAACCUUUUGCGGAGGAGGACCCGUCAGUCCUCCUUGAUCUGACAGGAGAAGUCUGCAGGGAGGGCAACUACCCUCAGGCUCACGGCGGCUUUGCCGAUGUCUGGAAAGGCACUUGGGGCAAACAGCCAGGCAACUGGGUGGCCAUCAAAGUGCUCCGUUCCAGACUGGAUGACCCUGACACAGAAAUCAAGAUGAGCAAGCGUCUUUCGCGAGAGCUCGCUGUGUGGAAACGGUUGAAUCACAAACACGUGCUCAAAUUGUGGGGGACUGUGUCCGACUUCGGGCCGUACAAGUCAAUGGUUUGUCCUUGGCUUGAGCAAGGUAGCGUGUCGAAGUACAUGGAACGCCGAGGGGAUAUCCUGUCCAUGGCGGACCGCUUGCAAUUGUUGUGUGAAGUCGCAGAUGGCCUCAACUAUCUGCACGAAAACUCGAUCGUCCACGGGGAUCUCACCGGAUCGAAUAUCCUUAUCGAUGACGAGGGCAAGGCCCACCUUUGUGACUUCGGCCUGUCCACCAUAGUAGCUGAGAUCUGCGGCUCCUCGUCCCUGACGUCCUGCAUCGGAGGGGCGGUCCGCUGGGCCGACUCUGCACUGUACACUUUGAGCGAGGACGAGGAUCUCGUGGUCACCACCCGAAACGACAUCUACUCUUUCGGAAGCGUCACCCUCGAGGCUAGUGGCUUAUAUCUUCUCUCCGGGCGGAUCCCCUACCACUAUAUGCGCUCGGAUGCACAAGUCGUUAUCGAGCUUCACAAGGGGAACAAACCCCGACGGCCCGCGCAGUCCUUUGUCACUGACCUACAGUGGGCGUUCAUCCAGCGAUGCUGGAACGUGGAUCAGGGCUCCCGACCUGAUUCUCAAGAACUCAUGCGCAUCAUCCAGGGGCUACAUCGGGCCAGCCUCGAGUUCCGCAGACACACCUAUUGAUGUAUAGAUGGGUUGUAUCACAUGGAAAUACAGACAAAUAUCGGCUUAUACAGGUAGCGCAAGAGUAAGAUGUGUGUGUGCACAGAAAG